CUUUGGGCGAAACGGAAUCUACGGAACCGAAGGCUUUGAAGACAAUGGAUGUAGUUGCUUCUUUUCCUGAAGAAGUGACAGACAUGGUUUUCUCCCAUCUACAGGCAACUGAUCUGGAAUAUUGUUGCGGAGUUAGCCAGCUUUGGAGGAGGACAAUCGAACGCUUUAAACAGAGACAACGUGCACGGCUGAAGUAUAAUUGGCAACAUGGAAAAUACUCUGUCAAUUGUUCCCCAAUCAGUAUUGGGUUGAAUAUACAGAUUGGCCUGAGAUUUAAGGAAUACGAGUUUGAAGUAGUUCCUGUAAAUGAUCCUUGUGAUCAGGUCUUCCCUGUAUAUAUGUAUUUUAAGGAUCCCGGGUGCUCAGGCGCAGAAGUUUUAUCUAUAAUUAAUAUUGAUUCAAACUCGAGAAUUAAAUUACAUCAAUUACCGCGAACUUCUUCUGAGAUGAGUGUUGUUAUUGUCGUGGGGGACUCUAUAGCUUGGUUGGAACCUUCAGCUGUGCUGAAACAUUACAAUGCCGAACUGGCAUCAAAUGGUUCAAAAGUGGAAACUUUUGGAAAACAUGAUGAUUCUCGGACUGAUGAGGAUUUCGAAGGUGUAGAAAAAUACAAGUCUCUGACAAUGGAUAGGAACCACAUUGCGGUUGUUUCUAACGAUAGGUUUGUAAAAGUUUGGUGUAAAAAGUCACAUAAAAAAAUAAUUACGAAGCGCUGUGUACAACCUAAGAUUUCUUUAUCUGAUGGUUGUCUAAUCAUAGCAUCUUAUAUAGGUGAACGAUUAGAAAAGUCUGUAAAAAUAUAUUGUACUGAGAUUGAAAUUCACAACUUACAACAUGAUGCAAACAAUACUCUUCUACACACUUUUAAUCUAGAUGGCAUUGUUGAAAGUACACAUUCAAAAGAGCGAUUCAUAUUUAUUGUUUUUAGUUUGCACAACCAUAAAAUCCAAGUACGCGAUAAAAAGAAUUUUACUGUAAUCUAUUCUUACGAUUAUAAUUUAUCACUAAAAAAUGUUUUUGAUGAUUAUAUAGUUGUUAAAGGUUUAACAAAAGGUGAACAGGUGUUUUCAGAAUUUGGUAUUCCUUAUGGUUGGCGGCAUGACUAUUAUUAUAAAAUAUUGACUCUUGCUUCUGGUGAAUGGUCAACAGAAAUUCCUUCUCGCGACAAAAAUUUGUUCACAGUGUUUGAGAAUAUUGCCGUGGUUCGUAGUGUGUCGGACAAAAGUCUUUAUGUUUUGGACUGGAAACGAUUUACCAAACUGUACACUCUGAGAAUCCCCGAGCACGUAAGUGAUGACUUUGAGGUUAUUAAUGUGACUGAAUGGAGAAUUAUAGUUUUCGAUUCGGAAUCUAAUCAAUUCAUUAUAUUCAAGUUCGGGUAGACUCAAGUGGAGGUUUGAUCUGGUGGACUGGUAAAAAGGGAUCAAACCGUUCGAUAUAGCAAUCCAGGAGCCAAAAAAAGCGAUUUUUCCAUUAGU